AUGGACUAUUUAGAUCGAAUAUAUGACCCGAAAGCUGCGUAUGUCUUCAGCCCUAGUGCGACUACAGCUUUGCGUCACGACACAAGGACGUCCGUCUGGUACGCAGUGGGAUUGUUAGCUCGGAACCAGGAUGAUGACGUGGCGCAGGCGAUGGCAAUCAUCCAGAAUGUAAUCGAAAUGCAAUUCAAGGACCCUGCAGAUCAAUGGUAUGGGGAUUACCCCGUGUACCCCGAGGAACCCACCGUGGGUACUUCGGCGUAUCAGUCGAGCCUCUAUGACACUUGGGAUCCCAACUGGAGAGGCUUUAUCGGGACGGCCUUUAUCAUCGCCUUGGAGGAGUUUCCCCAUCUGAUCAACCCGAGUGUAACCCAACUUAUGCUCGAAUCCCUCUACAAUAGCACCAUUGGAGAUGCUUAUCGAGUUGGAGGAGUCGACGGGGACAACCUGUAUCCCUCGUAUACUAACCCGGCAUUAAUGAGAGCCAUUGUGAGUGGUUGGACCGGCGAGAAAUACGCAGAUGCCAACAUGACGCUGGCCGGUGAAAACUAUGCGAAUGAGGUUAUUGGUCUUUUUGACCGAGCGAACACUCUGUCAGAGUUCAACAGCGCAACGUAUACUGGCGUCUCCCUGAUUGCGCUGACGAUGUGGACAAAGUACGCCGCAGAGAGUUCAGUGAUGAAAGCAAAAGGAAAGACAAUACUGCAAGCUACAUGGAGUAAUAUCGCUCAACUAUAUCACGCAGAGCUCAAGAAUCUUGCGGGUCCAUGGGACCGCUCUUAUGGAUUCGACAUGCAGAAGUAUUUCGGAAUCAUGUCUGCGCAUAUCUGGACCCUUGUUGGGAAGGAAACUUCACCUGUUAUUGAUAAGGUCUAUAUGAUGUCUCAUAACGCUGAUUUUGCCAUUUCUCCGCUUGUGGCUAUACUCUCGAGCUUCCAUAACUCCUUGGUCCCCGCUACGGCAGUAGAUGCUCUAAGGACCUUCCCUGGAGAGCACAUGGUCAGCACGUCGGCACAGUCAAUCCCCUACGACUAUGUUCCCCGGAAUAUCAGUGCGUGGUUAGGCGAAAAGAUAAGCAUCGGAGCAGAAAGUUUCAACGAGACUGUUAUAGGCGGGCCGGCUAUGAAUCCGUCUACAUUUAACUCGGCGGUGGUCCAGUGGGAUACUGGAGCUGGAGUUGGUUGGAUUACAUUAUAUGCGACAGAACAGGCUCUCGACGCCGUCGUUGGACCGGGUUAUCUUAACCUAACUUAUCCCCAGGGGACGUCAGACUCUCAAUUCCAAUUCCUAGUCUCUCCUUUUACCCAGAAGAAAGAUGUUGCAGGCUGGGAAGAUCUUGUAGGAUUGAAUGUCAGAGUGUCCGGAACUUUUGACCCGAAGCUGAGGGUAUCAUAUAGUGCAAGCGAUGCCACCAUAAAUGACUUCAUGUACUGGAAUCUCACGUACUCAAUGCCUGCGAAUAGUACUGUAAUUCCAAAUAUAUUGUUGGAGGUGAAUUUGGUGUGA